UAAAAGAGGCAAGCAACCUAAAUUUAAAUGGCAGUUUUCCGAAAUUCCCUAGAAACGUCCCAAAGACGAGGGACAAGACAGGUGGAUUUAGCGAAGGAAGAUUUCCGUAAAUAAGUUGGAUUUUAGAUUAGAAUGCAAAACAUUUCGCAUCGUCAAUGUCGUGCGCACAGAUACGGUGUCGCUACGCCAUUCCGCGAUCUCAUCCUGGUUUAAUGAUUUGAACAAAUUUAAAUUAAUUUAAGCACUUUUACGCUCAGAGCUGAUUUUACUGUUAACCUUUAUCGCGUAAACUGCGGUUGGAUUUCUUGGACGAGGAACGGACGAACGAAAAGUCAGUCAGGAUUCUCCACUGAUCUCCGCAAUGGAUGAGAACGCGGAUCGACUGAGUAAAUACACGAAGCAUUCGCUAAAAACUGCGCCUAAGUCAAAUGUUCUGGAAUGUCGAGUUUGCGAGGAAGUUUUCACAGUGGACGGUGUGAAGGUGCCACGUUUGUUGCAUUGUGGACACACAGUGUGCCACUCGUGCUUACUGCGGUUGAGGACUUGCAUGUCGGAACAGCAGUUUUUGCUGUGUCCCUUUGAUCGACAACCUACCGCCAUUCACGAAAAUAGCAUUUACAGUCUGAAGAAGAACUUUGCUCUUAUCGAGCUGCUUGAACGACUGGAGCAAUCCAACAGCCAGAAAACGCUGGUAUUGGAGCGUGAGAGGCUUCAGUCGAAUCUGUCGUGCGACGAGGACGAAGCACAUACUGCAGUUCUUUACUGUACUGUCUGUGCCACACACCUGUGUGAGGCUUGCGACACUAUCACACAUUCGUCCAAAACCUUGGGGAAACACAGACGUGUGCCGCUGUCGGAGAAGCCACGCGAGAAGCCUCGCUGUCCAAUACACACGGCGGAUGUGGCCGAAUUCACUUGUACUCAAGAAGGCUGUCACAAUUCCUUGAUGUGCUACCUGUGCAAAGAAUAUGGCAAACAUAGUACGCACAAGCCGGUAUUGGUUGAGGAAGAAGCCGAAAACAUCAGGAAGUCCAUUAUCGCGGCAUUGCAGAAGAUGACGCAGUUUAUGGAAAGUAUGAGAGAUACCGCACAUAAAAUAGAAAUAGUAAUUGAAGAAUUGGAAGGCUGGGCGAUCGAAGACGCGAGGAGGAGAGUGCGAUAUCAUUUCGAGGAAUUACGAGCUGUUUUGACCGAACAAGAGAAAACAGCGAUGGCUUACAUUGAGACGGAGACUCGCGGUAGACUUUGCGCAUUGAGGCAACAACAGAAAGAUCUCACGUCUACGAGAUCGCAAGUGGCUGGUGUAUGCAUUCAAUGCGAAAGCAUACUCGAUUCCGAGGACUGGAAGUUGCUGAGCAGCUCGGAAAAAGUCAAGGAAGUGCUAGCGACAUUGGAGCAACAGCAGCAACAUUAUGCGCAAUUAGGACCGGAUUUUCUCAGUCCUGAAUCCUCCAUUCCCAUUAUAUUUAGCAGGGAUAACAGAAUACAUAUUGGAACAAAGAUCGAUAUGCGAGUAGUAAUCCUAGGACUGGAUGGGGCGGGAAAGACAAGUAUUUUAUCUGCUAUGCGAGGCGUCACGCUACCAAAUCCACCGAUUCCCACUAUCGGCUUCAACGUUGAAAGUUUGGAGUACAUGAAUCUCGUAUUUACUCUUUGGGAUGUUAGCGGUCAUCAGAAGUUUCGACCACUGUGGAAGCAUUACUAUCAUAACACGCAAGCUGUUAUUUUCGUGGUUGACGCUAGCGAUAGAUCUCGCUUUGAAGAGGCACGAAAAGAAUUAUCAAAAAUACUUUAUGAACGAGAACUGAAGGAUGCUCUACUUUUAAUAUAUGCUAAUAAACAGGACGUUCCUGGCUGUGCGAGUGUGGAGGAAUUAGUCGAUAUACUUGGCUUGCAUAAACUUUGUUGUGCGAGAAUAUGGCAUAUUCAAGGCUCAUCGUUAGUUACCAAUGCCAGUGGUACGUUACAAGGUCUUGAUUGGCUUUCGACGCAAUGUGUAUAAAUUUUUUUCUUUAUAAAAUUAUUUAUGUAUGGAAAAAGCCGAAGACACAAGUGUAACGCUAAUUAAUUGUGAUUUCCACAUUAAGAUGGUAUGAAGCAGACUGAAGUUAGAUAGAUAGAUAGAUAUCAUGCAAGAUAAAUAUUUGUACGUACAGUCGACGUUGAAAAUGAUUUGUUUUCUAGCUGUUCCCAUAAAAUAAACUCGAAUAUUGCACGUAUUCAGAGAAUUAUAUUAAAAAAUAAUAUCUCAGCCACACAACACAUUUCGACGUCGAUCACACUUUAUAUAAUCAUUUUUUUUAUUUAUGAUAUAAAUCUUUUUUUUAUUCGCUCAAUAAGUAUGGAUGUCAACGUGUGUGAAUGAUGAAUCUACUAUAUCGCAGAUCUCCCUUUAUUAGCUCGUCAAUCCACGAGAAAUAAAUCUAUUCUGUUAAGUCACGCUAUACCAAAAAAGAAAAAAGUAAUUCGUAAGUCAUGACAUAGUCACUUUGAAGAAAAAUGAUCAGUUUAUUUUCCGAUAUAAAAAUGAAAUUACAAGAUUAAUUAUACUCGAACAUGAUACAAUAAAAUAGCGUGUAUAUGCAUAUAUGUACAUAUACAAUGGUAAUUGGAAGCAAUUUGCAUAAUCGAUUCACACAUUACUACAAAUGAUGAAAAUGAAUCAGCAAUAGGAUUGGAUUUAGCGUUCGAUCGAGAUGCGCUUGAGACUUCACGAAAAUAAACGCCUGAGCACAUCUAGAAAA